GCAACAGCGACACGCUUACGAACGCUACGUUGGUCUCAAUGUAUUCUUUACUCCCUCUGAGGUGCUAUUCACUCGCGGACGCCCACGCCGGCAACAGUCCAGUACCAGUGAAGGGUUUGGAACAGCUCGACAUUAUGGCCGAUGCUGUAGACCUCGGCACUAUCCGGAGGACAAGUCGAGUCCCCCUGACUGGGACGUCGUGGUCGCUCUGGUCGGCUGCACCGUCCUGUCAGGCAGCUUCGAUGCUCUCAGAUAAGGGCACGCCUUGCGGCAGUGAGUGACAGUUGAAACGUUGAAGAUAGAGUUUAUCGCGGCUUCGAAGCAAGGCGAGGGCGGUCACAGGUGGCCGUGCGCUAAACGCGGAUCAAGCCGAUGAAAUUAUUCCACCACCGACAGCACAUUGAUUUUUGCAUUCCACCUCUUGUUGAUUCUGCUCAGGUCCCGCUCAUAUAUAAAACCCGUCCAGGUAUGCGCUGUCCAUCAAGUUUCGCUGUUUCUCUCCCCCCCACGAACAUCGACUCUCCUGACUCCAGCCCUUUUUAUACCACUCACUUGCAACAUAAUUUCCUUGAGACAUGUCUCGCGCCACUCUUUCUACUCUCCUUACCAUCGCUGCCGCCUCCACGGUUGCAUUCGCCCAGAUUGACCCCAAGGACCCCACCCCUCUUGUCUCCAAGCAGUACAGCUACCCCAAUGGCAUCCCCUACCAGGUCGACUACGUCCCCGACGCCCUCCGCGGUCCACAGAUUGGCUACAACAUCUGCAACUCGACCACCGAGAAUCAGCAGUCCAUGUGCCAGACCUCGUUCGUGAACUCCAUCGAUGACUUCUGCCUCUGGGCUCCCCCCAAGCCCGAUUCCACUAUCGGCGACACUGAGCAGGAGGAAGUCGCCUGGUGCACCAAACCCGGUCACGGCACCCGUGUCAUCCCCUCGGGCGCUUUGACCGGUAUCCAGGUCCUCAAGAGCCCUCACUACAUCCAAAUCGCCGGCUUCAUGGACCAGACUCAGCUCAACAUCGCCGCUGGUGAUUAUGGAGGAGAGCUUGACCCUCACGGUGCUGACCUGCGCGGCAACCCCAUUGGCGGUCUUAUGUACUCGAACGCCUACCCCGCCGGUAACACCAACACGAACGCAUACACCCAGGUGAUCGACUGGAACAGCUUUGUCGGCGGCAACAUCUUCUGCAUCAAGAUCUGUGACCCGGCCAGCAGCCAAGACGACCAAAACAUGUAUUGCCAGAACAUCUACGACGAGCUGGGCUGCACGUACAACAUGCCCAACAACGGCCAGGACGGCACCUUCGAGGUGUGCGACUCAGACGACAUGGCGCCCGUCGGCAUCUAUACCUCCGCCGGUCAGACCCUCACGUACUCGCAGCCCUACACCGGCACCAUCUCCGUACCGUACACGCCCACCCCACCCGCGUCGUCCAACUGUGUGCAGUACCAGUCCAAGGACCUGUUCAGCGGCCAGCCCACCGGCACGCCCGUCUCGGCCACCCCCACCUCGUCCUCGUCCUCGUCCUCCGCGUCGAGCGCGUCGAGUUCUGACUCGUCGGCGCCCACUUCCACCGGUAGCUCGUCCUCUGGCUCCGGCUCUGGGUCUGGCUCCGGCUCUGGUGUCGGCUCUGGCAGCCCCUCGGGCUCUAGCUCGAGUGCUGCCCCUUCUGGCACCUCCAACGGCGCUGAGACCCUCGGCAUCUCUGCCAUCACCGGUCUCGCCGGUGUCAUGCUCGCCGUCGCCGUGUUCGCUUAAACACCUUAUAUACAUCUAAGUUGUGAUUUUACGUUUUUCUCCUCGGCUUUUUGGGUGGAAUAGCUUUCAUUGGACGAUAUUAUUGUUUCUUUCAUGGUGGCGAUGGUAGUUUUUAACGUACGAUGGACUAACUCCUUACCCUUGUUCUUACCAUUGACACUUUAACGAGCGACCGGAGUACGCACGGCGACGACAUUCCCAUCUACGCUGUUACUGUUAGAGCUACAUAGUGUAUCUCACUUUCCUUGCUUUGUGCUUGGUAUUACUUUGUGCUUCGUUUUAGUUUACAGUCAAUCGCACUUCGUUCAUUUACUUGUGAUUAAGUCUUGAGCAACUUGUUAGAGUCCACGUUAUGUUCCCGUUGGCGCUCUAAGUUUUUUAUCGCCCAAGCCUGGUGACCACUAGGUGCAACGCUCGC